GUGUCUCCGCAGCCUGGACCCGGCCGGCGCCUUCCAAACGCCGUUUCAGUGCCAUGGAAUUGCUUCGAGUGGGCUCUCUUCUAUUCGUCUUCGCAUUGCAUGCAGCCAGGUGCGAAUCUGGUUGUGAGCCGGAAAUACCGGGACGCUGCUUUCAAGACUUCCUUCUGUCCAUCGAUGGUGUACUUCAGGCCCACACCAAGGCGCCUCCCGGAGGAAUCCAUGGACAAGUGAAGGCACUCUGCAGGUCAGUGCACGAGGCCACGCAGUGCGAGGAUGAUGUCCUGGAUGACUGCAGUGUCGAAGGCGCCACCUUCGAGCACUGGAAAGAAGCCUUCGAAACAAUCCACAACGCUGCCUGCAACAAAGACUCUUCACUCUUUCGAAGCGUCAUCAAAGAACAUGAAUGCUGGGACAUGUCGACCUUCCUCAGCUGCGCCUCGAACGUCACGGGAAUCUGGAACAUGGAAGAUCUCGCUCCUCUGGAAACGCAUCAAUGCAUGACCGUGGAAGACUCGCUGCACGGAUGCGUUGACAAGGCCUACAACAAGUGUUCCAGAAAAGUUGAUUCUUGCGCCCUCCGACGGCUGGUUUCUGUCUUUUACUCGACGGCAUUGUGCCCGAACUUUAUGGAAGUUCUACGUGGCAGCGCUCCUCUUGCUUCUCUGUCCGUCGUCGUAUCCGUACUGUGCGUUUUCUUCCGUGUGCUGUGAAGUCAAUAUCUCAUGUUCGUGUGUAGAAAGUUUGCACUUUAUAGUAAAAAGAAAACGUUUGAAACAA